AUGCGACGCGCCCGUGGAGCAGAUGGUGCGCGACUUUUCCAGUCCUCAGAAUUCUUAACCAGCUUGCAGAUUGCGUCCUUCUUUUCAAGGCAAAGCGCUACACUACGGCAAAAGGACCCAGCAGAUGAAGCCGAUAUCCGGGCAUCUCAAGAGGAAGCUAACUUUAGUGCAGCGAAGGAGGUCGUUGAAACCAUUCAGCUCAACCAUCCUCUGGUAUACGAUCAGUACAACCUGUGUGAGAUGGCGCUCAGUGGUAACUUGAAAGUCCUCAAGCUACCGAUGCUUCAGCGCUUGUGCGAGGAUCUCGGCCUUAAUGCACCUGUCCCGCCUGUGCGCAAGAAGGCUCCAUACUUGGCACUCUUAGAGGAAAUAACCAAAAAGUGCACAUGCCGAAAGUAA